UUAUCAAUUCACCGGAAAACCCUAAUUGUUCAUCUUCCCCCAAUUUUAUUUUUCUCUCCCCAAAAAUUUUCCGAUCAAAAAAUCAAACCCUAAAUGGCUGCCAUUAUGCAUGCUUUAGGAUUUUCCAGGUUUGUGUAUGGUUGAGAAUCAUCAUCAUCAUCAUGAGAAGGGGAUUUUAGUUUUUUUUUUUAAUUUGGGUGAAUCUGCUUGUGUUUGGGGGUUGGUUGGAUCUGUUGAUUGAUUGAGAAUCAUUAGAAGAGGGAGAUUUUAGUUUUUUUUUUUGAAUCUGCUGUGCCUUCGUUGUUGAUUUUUGCGGUAUCUGUUGAUUGAUGUGUGUUUGAAUUGUUCUUUUUUGUAAUGGCAAACGGUUCAGAGAAAGGGGAGAUUGUUGUUUCGUCCAUUAGGACUGGUAUGAAACGGGAGUUUGCUAUGAUGAUGAAGGCUCAAGCUGAUUGGGACAUUGGUGUUGGUCAAAAGAGGGUUACAAGGACAUCACAAUCGAGUCAGAAUAGUCCUGGUAACGUUAGCAAUGAUAAGGUUUAUGUGAAAAAGAGGAAAAGGGAGGUGAAAAAUGUGGUUGAUAGUGAAGAUUUGUCGAAUUUGAAGGUUGUUGUUGGUAAGGAAUUGGAGAGUGAUGGAGUUGUGAAAAAGGAUGACAAUGUGGUUUUGUUGAGUGAAGAUUUGUUGAAUUCGAAGGUUGUUGGUGAGGAAUUGGAGAGUGAUGGAGUUGUGAAAAUGGAUGAAAAUGUGGUUUUGUUGAGUGAAGAUUUGUCGAAUUCGAAGGUUGUUGUUGAGGAAUUGGAGAGUGAUGGGGUUGUGAAAAAAGAUGACAAUGUGGUUUUGUUGAGUGAAGAUUUGUCGAAUUCUAAUGUUGUUGGUGGGGAAUUGGAGAGAGAUGGAGUUGUGACAAGGGAUGAAAAUGUGGUUAUUUUGAGUGAAGAGGAGGAGCCGAAGAGUGAUGUGGUGGAUUGCACUAGUGAUGAUGAGAAGAAAGGUAAGAUGAAUGAAGGAGUUGUUGGGUCUGGAGAAGAAGGGAAUGCUAGCUUGCAGAAUUGUGGAGAUGAUACUAAGACUGAAAAGGGUGAAUCAGCGAAAACCAAUGAUGAUUUUGAUGAAGAGAUGGCUGAAAUUGUUCCUGAAUUAGCUGCUACUGCUCAGGGUGAUGGUAAAGAUGAGCAAAAAUGUGGUGAUGAUACUCAGAGUGAAAUGCCUACAACAGGGAAGGCCAGUGAUUUCAUUGUUGGAGCAAUGCCUGAAAUUGUUCCUGAAGCAGCUGUUACUGCUCAGGCUGAUGGUAAAAUUGAGCAAAAUUGUCGAGAUGAUGCAAAGACUGAAAUGGCUAAAACAGUGAAGGCUAAUGAUUGCAGUGUUGAAGCAAGGCCUGAAAUUGUUCCUGAAUUAGCUGUUACUGCUCAGGGUGAUGCUAACGAUGAGCAAAUACAGACACCUAUGAGGCGGUUUACUAGGUCUGCUCUGAAAACAGAAGAGGACACAGAGGUAUCUCAGUGCGAUAGCAUUAAGAUUGUGGAUGUUCAUGAAACAGGUUCUGUAGGUACCAUGUCUGCACCUGCAAAGUUGGAGUUGAAGAUGUCCAAGAAAGUUGCACUAACUAAAAAUCCCACAAAGUUGAAAGAUCUUCUUGAAACAGGUUUGCUGGAGGGUUUACCUGUUCGCUACAUUCGUGGCACUACAAAGGGGAGAGGGCGUCCUGCAAAAGGACUUCGUGGAGAGAUUAGAGGGUCAGGAAUAUUGUGCUUCUGUGAUAACUGUCAUGGGACAUCUGUUGUUACACCAAAUCAAUUUGAGCUGCAUGCCAAUAGUGCCAACAAACGUCCACCAGAAUACAUCUAUUUGGAGAAUGGAAAAAGUCUGAGGGAUGUAUUAAGUAUGUGUAAAGAUGCUCCUUCUGAUGAAGUAGAGAUGGUAAUAAAAAAUGCCAUCGGGAGUGCAGACGCUAAAAUAAAUGCUUCAGCAUGUAUGACUGCACAGGAGUUUCAAUCUCCCCCUGUUCAAAGUAGUGAAGCUAGUAGCAGGUCUACAUCAUCUGCGCCUGCUACAAAGUUGACCGAUCGAAUGCCCUCUGGCAGUGGAACUCAAAGUAAAGUUCACGGAAAGUUAACUAGAAAGGAUCUGCGCAUGCACAAACUUGUAUUCGAGGAGGAUGCACUUCCUGAUGGAACUGCAUUAGCAUAUUAUGUCCGUGGACAGAAAUUGCUGGAGGGUUAUAAGAAAGGUCAUGGAAUUUUCUGCUACUGUUGCAACACUGAGGUCAGCCCUUCACAGUUUGAGGCUCAUGCAGGUUGCGCUUCACGUCGGAAGCCUUAUUUGUACAUAUAUACUUCCAACGGGGUGUCUCUGCAUGAGUUGUCUAUUAAACUUUCAAAAGAACGAAGGUCCUCAGCUGAGGAAAAUGAUGAUCUCUGCUCUAUAUGUGCUGAUGGAGGGGACCUCCUGUGCUGUGACAAUUGUCCAAGAGCUUUCCAUGCCGAGUGUGUUUGUUUGCCAAGUAUUCCCACGGGUACCUGGUAUUGUAAAUACUGUGAAAACAUGUUUGCAAAAGAAAGAUUCGUUGAGAAUAAUGCCAAUGCUAAAGCUGCUGGGAGGGUUGCUGGAGUUGAUGCCAUCGAGCAGAUAACAAGACGAUGCAUUCGCAUGGUGGAAACUUUAGAGACUGAAGUUAGUGUUUGUGUGCUCUGCAGGGAUCAGGAUUUCAGCAAAUCAGGAUUUGGCCCACGGACAGUAAUAAUUUGUGAUCAGUGUGAGAAGGAGUAUCAUGUUGGAUGUUUGAAGGAGCACAACAUAGAUGACUUGCAGGAAUUGCCAAAAGAUAAAUGGUUUUGCUGCACAGAUUGCAGUAGAAUUCAUUUUGCUCUGGAAAAGGUGGUAUCAGAUGGAGAGCAGAACAUUCCUGAGUCUCUGUUGAAAGUCUUGAAGGAAAAGAAUGAAGGAAAAGGUUCAGUGAAUAACUCCAGUCUUGACAUUAAAUGGCGUCUGCUAAGUGGGAAAAUGUCAUCCGAAGAGACAAGGGUCUGGCUUUCUAGUGCUGUUUCAAUUUUCCAUGAACAAUUUGACCCAAUUGCUGAUGCAAGUACUAGCCGUCUAGAUUUGAUCCCACACAUGGUCUAUGGAAGGAGUUUCAAGGACCAAGACUAUGGAGGGAUGUUCUGUGCAAUAUUAUUGGUCAAUUCAUUGGUUGUUUCUGCUGGGAUUUUCCGUGUUUUUGGGAAGGAAGUGGCUGAACUCCCUUUAGUUGCUACAAGUACUAAUUGUCAAGGACAGGGUUACUUUCAAUCUCUGUUUUCUUGUGUGGAGAACCUUUUGCAGUCUCUGAAAGUAGAAAACCUUGUACUUCCGUCCGCAGAAGAAGCAGAGGCGAUCUGGACAAAUAGAUUUAGCUUUACAAAGAUCCCUGAAGAACAGAUGAAGCAGUAUCGAAAAAAUUAUCAGAUGAUGGUUUUCUCUGGAACAUCCAUGCUGCAGAAGCAAGUGGGGGGCUCUCAGCGUGAUGAAGACAAUUUUACUUUAGGAGAUGCAUGAUUUGUUGUGCAGAUAUUUUGUGGAAAAUGGUUUUGAUUUUUGUGUCAGACAAGGGAUGUACAGUGGCUGGCUCUAGUUUCAGUUUGGUGGUAUAUAUGGGGAAUAGCGUAGUCAUCAUAUGUUAGUUACCCUGUGAAUGUUACAUCAGUUGUUAGUAGGAGCUAUGGUUCAGAAACGUUGGAUUAUCUCAGUUGUGGAAGUUGGUAAACUGUGAAGUUCAGCAGGAUUUAGAU